AUGGUGUUUGGGAGGGCAGGAGGACCGCGCCGUGGGGGCUGGAGACACACCUCCGACCGGCAGUCGCAGCCCAGGCAACUGGGGCUGCUCAGGGUCGGCGAGGCACCCGCCCAGGCCACACUGGAUCUCACACUGGCUUCUCGCACCAUCUUCCAACCCAAAGGCAACAGCCCUGUUGCUCAGGGCCCGCAGGCCCCGGAGCUCUCCCGGGAGGAGAAGCUGCAGCUGCGGAAGGAAAAGAAGCAGCAGAAGAAGAAGAAAAGGAGUGAGAAGGGGCCGGCGGCCGAGCCCCCGGAGCUGGGGACGCCCCCCGACCCAGGGCAGCCCCGGGUAGUUGCUCACCCCGCGUCCCUCCCAGCCUUGGCCGAUGGCCCCAGCGAUGGCGAGAAGCCCUCAGGGGGCAAGAGCAAAGCUGAGCUUCGAGCAGAGCGGCGGGCCAAGCAGGAGGCUGAGCGGGCCCAGAAGCAGGCCAAGAAAGCGGAGCUGAGCCAGGCAGCCACAGCAGCCAAGCCCAGGCUGAGGGUGGUGGUAAAGCGGCUGCCGGAGCACGUGCAGGUGGAUGACCCUGCUGCCCAGAGGAAACUGGCCAAGAAGCUGGAGCGGCAGCAGGUACCUCUGAGGCAGGACUAUGGAACCAAGGUCAACCUGUUCUCCCACUUGCACCAGUACAGCCGGAAGAAGCCACUGACACAGCAGAUGAGCAUCCCCUCCACAGUAAUUCACCCAGCUGUAGUGCGCCUUGGCCUCCAGUACUCCCAGGGUAUCAUCAACGGCUCCAACGCCCGUUGCAUUGCCCUGCUGGAAGUCUUCAAACAGCUGAUCCGGGAUUACUCAACUCCCCCCAACGAGGAGCUGUCACGGGACCUGGUGGCCAAGCUGAAGCCACACAUCAGCUUCCUGAACCAGUGCCGGCCCCUCUCAGCGAGCAUGGGCAAUGCCAUUAAGUUCCUCAAGAAGGAGAUUUCAUGCCUACCUGACACCCUGAGAGAAGAGGAGGCGAAGGAGAAGCUGCAGGACACUAUUGACAAAUAUCUGCGGGAGAAGAUUCUUUUGGCAGCUGAAGCCAUUUCAAGGUCUGCCUUUGAGAAGAUAAAUGACAACGAUGUGAUCCUGGUGUAUGGAUGCUCUUCCCUUGUGAACCGCACACUGUGCGAUGCCCACGUGAAGAAGGGACGGGCCUUCCGUGUGAUCGUGGUGGACAGCCGGCCACGGCUGGAAGGCCGGGAGACGCUGCGCCGGCUGGUGCGUAAGGGCAUUCACUGCACCUAUGUGAUGAUCAACGCCAUUUCUUACGUGCUGCCUGAGGUGUCCAAAGUGCUGCUGGGAGCCCACGCGCUCCUGGCCAACGGCUCUGUCAUGUCCCGGGUGGGGACGUCCCAGAUAGCGCUGGUCUCCAAGGCCUACAACGUGCCCGUCCUGGUCUGCUGCGAGACCUACAAGUUCUGCGAGCGAGUGCAGACGGACUCGUUUGUCUCCAACGAGCUGGAUGACCCCGAUGACCUGAUAGUGCUCCGGAAGGGCCGGGCCCAGCUGGGUGGCUGGGCAGAGAACAAGUCCUUGCGCCUCCUCAACCUGGUCUACGACGUGACGCCACCUGACCUGGUGGAUCUGGUCAUCACGGACUUGGGCAUGAUCCCCUGCACCUCGGUGCCCGUCGUCCUGCGUGUCAAGAACGUGGAUCAGUAGUAGGGACAGCUGCACGGACACUAAUAAACCAGGCC